UGUAUUAUUGUACUGUCAAACUUAAUUGAACGGAAAAGUUGUGUUGUGUAAAAAGUAAAAAAUCUUAAUUUAAAUUAAUUAAACAUUCGUCUGUGCACUCAUAAUUAUAAAUCGUUGUGAAGAAUGUCUACGUUUUCCGUUAGCGCGGAGAAUCUGAGCAGUACAGACACUCAGAACACUGAUGGCUCUUCAAUGUGCUUGGAGCUGGCAUUGGAAGGGGAAAGACUGUGCAAAUCUGGAGAUUGUCGUGCAGGCGUUGCCUUUUUUCAGGCUUCCAUUCAAGCAGGGACUGAUGACCUUAGAACAUUAAGUGCCAUUUACAGCCAAUUGGGCAACGCGUACUUUUAUUUGGGCGAUUACGCUAAGGCCAUGCAAUAUCACAAAUUGGACUUAACGCUUGCACGAUCAAUGGACGAUAAAUUGGGUGAAGCAAAAUCGUCAGGAAAUCUUGGCAAUACUCUUAAAGUAAUGGGACGAUUUGAUGAGGCUGCAUUGUGUUGCGAUCGCCAUUUAACUCUAGCUCGACAGUUGGGCGAUCGAUUGUCCGAAGGUCGUGCGUUGUACAAUUUGGGAAAUGUUUACCAUGCUAAGGGAAAGCAUAUGGGUCAAUCAGAUCCAGGUGACUUUUCGGAUGAUGUAAAAGAAGCUCUAAUGAAAGCUGUUGAAUUUUACCAGCAAAAUUUAACACUCAUGAAAGAUUUGGGUGAUCGAGGAGCGCAGGGCAGAGCUUGCGGAAACCUUGGAAACACUUAUUACUUACUCGGAGACUUUGAGUCUGCCAUCGAACAUCAUCAAGAACGAUUGAGGAUAGCUCGUGAAUUCGGUGACAAACCCGCUGAACGUCGUGCGAAUAGCAAUCUGGGAAAUUCACAUAUUUUCUUAGGACAGUUCGAACAGGCCGCAGAUCAUUACAAACGAACACUGUCGUUGGCUGUUGAGCUAGGGGAGAGAGCAGUUGAGGCGCAAUCUUGUUACAGUCUUGGCAACACAUACACUUUACUCAGAGAUUUUGUGACAGCAAUUGACUAUCAUCAACGACAUUUGGCUAUUGCACAAGAACUCGGUGAUAAAGUUGGCGAGGCAAGAGCGUGCUGGAGUCUGGGAAAUGCUCACUCAUCUAUUGGCAAUCAUGAAAAAGCAUUGCAUUUUGCCCAGUUACAUUACGCUCUAGCUAAGGAGUUGGGUGACUCUGUUGGUGAAUCGACGGCACGAAUGAAUGUCUCAGAUUUGCGAAAGAUGCUCGGUUUGCCGGAUGCUCCCAUCGAUACCGGUUCCCUUUCGGAUGUUCGUUCAGCUGAUUCGGAUGAUGCAGUAUCACAAACGCGCAGUUCAAAUUCCAGCUCCAGACAUUUCAGGGUACGACGACAAUCAAUGGAACAAUUGGAUUUAAUUAAGCUGACACCCGAUGGAAAACGAAUCAAUUCACUCCCGAAUCCAGAACCUUCGCACGCUAACACUCAAAUGCCUACCAAAGCCAACGACGAAGACUUCUUUGAUUUACUGACCAAGAGCCAAAGUAAACGAAUGGAUGAUCAAAGGUGUUCGCUGAAGGUGAUUGGCGGUGCUGUGGGUGGAAAUAAAGAAACGUUACGAAAGCCGUUAGUGCAACAGAAUAGUCUACCAGCUACCAUUUUACCGAAGGAAAAUAGGAAUGCACUAAUCGAAAUGAUUGCUGAUCUGCAAUCGGAACGAAUGGAUGAACAACGUGCAAUGCUUCCAGGUUUAGUAAAUAGACGAGGUGUUGCAGCCAAUAAUUUCCCAGCAAAUACUCCUGCACCGGACGACGCUUUCUUGGACAUGUUAAUGAGAUGCCAAAGUACCCGACUGGAGGAACAACGAUCCGAAUUGCCCAUAUCGAACAUUACAAUGGACGUAGAAAAUGGUGAAUCGAGUCGUAGGGUGGGAGCUUCAAAUAGUGGUGCUACUGUACCUGACGAGGACUUCUUUUCGCUGAUAAUGCGAGUUCAAGGUGGUCGGAUGGAAGAUCAACGUGCAGCGGUGCCGUUUCCGUCGUCCAAUCGCAACAACUUAUCAUCAUCCACAGCUAUUCGAGACAAUAAUGGUGUUCUGCCGAAAAAAUCCAAAUAGGAUGGCAUUUAGUUAAGGAGAAAAGACUUUUUACUGUUAAGUUAAGUCAAGUAGAGUUUUGAUCAAUUUUUUUUUGUUUGUGUCACAAAUUGUGCUUUGUGUUCUUUAAACAACGGAAACAUUUUACAUUUCACCGUUUCAUCAUAAGUUUUAUUUUGCAUUUACUUUCCA